AUGUUGGAUUCAGUUCCUAGUGAUGAAGAAAUUAAAAAUAUUGUUUUUAAUAUGGACCCUGAGAGUUCACCAGGACCAGAUGGAUUUUCAGGAUGUUUUUAUAGAUCUUGUUGGCAGAUCAUACAUGAAGAUGUGGUGCAAGCAAUUCAAUAUUGUUGGAAAAGAAAAUUUAUUCCCAAAGGUCUUAAUUCAAGUUUCUUGGUUCUGUUACCAAAAGUGCAGGGAGCAAAAACUCCAAAUCAAUUUAGGCCAAUUGGUCUAAGUAAUUUGAGUUUUAAAAUCAUUACCAAGAUUAUGACUGUGAGAAUGAGUACCUUGAUGGAAAAACUGGUAGCUCCUCAACAAGCAGCUUACAUAAAGGGAAGAUGUAUUCAAGAACAAGUACUUCUAGCUUCUGAAAUGGUCAAUGAAAUGAAAAAAAAAAAAGAGAAGAGGUGUUGGUGUGAAUGGCUUCAUGUGAUUUUUAAAUCAGCAAGGAUUUCACUACUGAUCAAUGGAGGUCCAUGUGGGUUUUUUCAAGUGAGUAGGGGACUCAGGAAAGGAGAUCCCCUAUCUCCAAUUCUUUUUGUACUUAUGGAGGAAGUGCUGAGUAGGAAGAUAACUCAACUAGUGAGUGAAGGUAAAAUAACUCUAAUGGUUAUAAGAAAGGGGAUUGGUCCAACUCAUCUGUUUUUUGCAGAUGAUGUUUUUAUGUUUUGUAAUGGAGGAAAAAAAUGUCUUCAACAAGUUCAGCUGCUACUAGAAGCAUAUCAAAAAUGUUUAGGGCAAAUCAUUAAUAAAAUCAAGAGUAAACUUUUCAUAGAUGGCACAUCUAUCUUAAGGGAAAAAAUGAUACAAGAAAUAAUGCAGAUGGAGCUCAGUGAAUUUCCUGAUAAAUACCUGGGGGUUAUUUUAGCAGCAGGCAGAGUUAAAUCCUCAACUGUAUGGCCAAUGGUGGAGAUGUUACAGGGCGAACUUGCCAUCUGGAAAGGAAAAAUGUUGUCUUUUCAAGAAAGUCUGGUGCUCAUUAAAUCAGUUCUUUGUAGCAUACCUAUGUACAACAUGGCUGUGUACAAACGGCCUUCAACUGUUAUCAAAAUCUGUGAGAAGAUUAUAAGGAACUUCCUUUGGUCAGGUGAUGGUGAAGUUAGGAAAUCCAAAACUCUAGCAUGGAAAAAAGUGUGCACUCCAUUGGAAGAAGGUGGACUUGCUAUUCCAAGACUAGGGGUCAUAAACAGAGAAGGAUGGUCAAUGGAGUAA